GCGCUGUUUGGCGGUGACCGGGGUUUUCAGCUGUUUUCCGGUGACAGCGGGGGGAUGACAACAUCAUCGACAGUCACGGCCCUUCCUCCAUUCAAGCCGACUGCCAAACAUCGACAAAAAGAAGCGGUCAGCCAUCGGAAUUUGGAGUGUGUCUUUGGGGAAUUUAUUCUAUAUGUGCCACUGGGAGCUAAAACAACAUGGCAGAUGACAAGGACGUGUUGAGAGACGUGUGGUUCGGCCGGAUCCCCACCUGCUUCAUUCUGAACCAGGAUGAGGUUACUGAGAGAGAGGCCGAGCCCUACUAUCUGUUGCUACCCAGGGUCAGCUACUUGACUCUGGUUACAGACAAGGUGAAGAAACACUUCCACAAAGUGGUGAGGACCGAUGACGUGGAGGAGAUGUGGUUGGAGUACGAGGGGACGCCGCUGAAAUGGCACUAUCCAAUUGGAGUUCUGUUUGACCUCCAUGCGUCCAACACUGUCUUACCCUGGACCAUCACUGUGCACUUUAAGAACUUUCCAGAUCGUGACCUGCUCCACUGUCCCUCCAACUCGGUGAUCGAGGCUCACUUCAUGUCCAGCAUCAAGGAGGCCGACGCUCUGAAGCAUAAGAGCCAAGUCGUCAACGACAUGCAGAAGAAAGACCACAAACAGCUGUGGAUGGGCCUGCAGAACGAUAAGUUUGACCAGUUCUGGGCCAUGAACAGGAAGCUGAUGGAAUAUCCCAGCGAGGAGGGAGGCUUCAGAUACAUCCCCUUCAGGAUAUACCAGACGAUGAGUGACAGGCCGUUCAUCCAGAAGCUGUUUCGCCCCGUUUCACCCGAAGGCAACACGCACACCCUUGGGGACCUGCUGAAAGAGAUGUGCCCAGCUGCUUUACCAAACAACGGUGAGCAGAAGCGUUACCAGGUGGUGGUCCACGGCAUCGAGCCGCUGCUGGAGACGCCUCUGCAGUGGCUGAGCGAACACCUCAGUCACCCCGACAACUUCCUGCACAUCUGCAUCACACCUGUCCCCUCUGACUGAGGCCACACCCGCCACGCUUCACUGUCACCCCGCCGCC